AUGGAUUCUCUGCUUAGUGAAGUGGACGGGCUAGAGGACAACUCCCUAAAGUACCCAAAGAACGAGCAGACGGAGAAAAUGUGGAUGAGACUCAGAGGAAUGCAGAAGUACAAAAACACCUCUCAAAGACUGAGAUGUUUGGUGAAGCAGCUGGAUAAGGGUGAGGUGAAUAUUGUGGAUUUGAAGAAAAACAUUGAAUAUGCGGCCUCCGUUCUUGAAGCAGUGUACAUUGAUGAAACCAGGCGGCUGCUGGACACGGAGGAUGAGCUCAGCGACAUCCAGGCUGACUCCGUACCCAUGGAGGUCCGUGAUUGGUUGGCAUCCACUUUCACAAGGAAAAUGGGCGUGGUCCGGAGACGUCCGGAAGAGAAACCCCGGUUCCGCAGCAUCGUCCAUGCUGUCCAGGCUGGCAUCUUCGUUGAGAGGAUGUACAGACGGACAUCCAACAUGGCAGGGCUGACAUACCCCCCAGCAGUGAUGACUGCACUCAAGGAUGUUGACAGGUGGUCCUUUGACGUGUUCACGCUUCACGAGGCCAGCAAUGAGCACGCGUUAAAAUUCCUGGUGUAUGAGCUCCUUACCCGAUAUGACCUGAUCAAUCGCUUCAGGAUACCUGUGUCCUCUCUCGUGUCCUUUGUUGAGGCUCUGGAGGUGGGCUACAGCAAACACAGGAACCCCUACCAUAACCUAAUCCACGCAGCCGACGUCACCCAGACCGCACACUAUCUGAUGCUACACACCGGCAUCAUGCACUGGCUCACUGAACUGGAAAUUUUGGCGAUGGUGUUUGCAGCUGCUAUCCAUGACUUUGAGCACACUGGGACCACCAACAACUUCCACAUCCAGACCAGGUCAGAGGUGGCGAUCCUUUAUAACGACCGCUCUGUUCUGGAGAAUCACCAUGUCAGUGCAGCCUACAAACUUAUGCAAGAGGAUGAGAUGAACAUCUUAGUCAAUCUGACAAAAGACGACUGGAGAGAGCUGCGUGCACUGGUGAUUGAGAUGGUGAUGAGCACAGAUAUGUCCUGCCACUUCCAGCAGAUCAAAACCAUGAGGAGUGCUCUACAGCAACCAGAGGGAAUAGACAAGGCUAAAGCCCUGUCUCUGAUGCUCCAUGCGGCUGAUAUCAGUCAUCCGGCCAAAGGCUGGCAGCUGCACUACCGCUGGACACAAGCACUGAUGGAGGAGUUCUUCAGACAGGGUGACAAAGAGGCUGAGUUAGGGCUGCCCUUCUCUCCACUGUGUGAUCGCAAAGCCACUCUGAUCGCCCAGUCGCAGAUAGGGUUCAUCGACUUCAUCGUGGAGCCUACAUUCUCUGUCCUAGUUGAUACGACAGAGAAGAUUAUUUCUCCUCUCAUAGAGGAAGCGUUAAAUUCGGGGGGCACUGGUGUCCGCAGAUCAAGUCUGACAGGUCGAGGGUCAGCGGCAGUGGUGGAGUCCGUCCAGAGACACAGCGACAGAGGGUCCAGUGCUGACCAAGGCGUGCCCACAGACUACUCCUUGGCUGGCAUCAACCUGAAACGUGUGCGCCACACGCUGGCGGAAGUCAUCCAGAACAACAAGGAUCGCUGGAAGGAGCUGGCCAUUCAGGAGCUGGCCAGUAAAGAGCAGGAGCAGUCCGCGGACGGGGAGGAGCCCGGCGCCGACUCACGGGUCACGCUGACGCACGGCAGUCCCGGCAGACAGAGCGACUCGGAGUCAAAGUCCACGAAUGAACUGAACAAUACAAACUCUAAUAACUCUUCCCUGGACUCUCUGAACCAGACCUCCCUGUCCUCCUCGGCCGAGAAAGGCACCGACUCUGCAGAGACCAGCCCCGCCGUGCCGAGCCACAGCGCAGAGGCCCUGCCCUGGAACAGCAAAACGGCCUCCGAUGGCAUCUGA